CAGGGGUGGGGCAGGGGGCAUGAGUGCCCAGACCAGAUAAAGGCCAAGGGCAGGAGGCACCCCUACCCGGCUCUGCUUCCUUCUCUCCUCGCCCCUCUGGGUGUUUACGGCCCCCAUGGCCCCCAAAAAACCAGAGCCCAAGAAGGAGGAGGCCAAGGCGGCCCCCAAGGCGGCGGCGGCUCCGGCUGCGGCUCCCGCUCCUGCUGCCCCUCAGCCAGAGCCCCCCAAGGAGAACGAGUUUGAUGCCUCCAAGGUCAAGAUCGAGUUCACUCCGGAGCAGAUUGAAGAGUUCAAGGAAGCCUUCAUGCUGUUUGACCGCACGCCCAAGUGUGAGAUGAAGAUCACCUACGGACAGUGCGGGGACGUCCUGCGGGCGCUGGGCCAGAACCCCACGCAGGCUGAGGUGCUCCGCGUCCUGGGGAAGCCCAAGCAGGAAGACCUGAACACCAAGAUGAUGGACUUCGACACGUUCCUGCCCAUGCUCCAGCACAUCGCCAAGAACAAGGACACGGGCACCUACGAGGACUUUGUCGAGGGGCUGCGGGUCUUCGACAAGGAGGGCAACGGCACGGUCAUGGGCGCAGAGCUCCGCCACGUGCUGGCCACGCUGGGCGAGAGGCUGACCGAGGACGAGGUGGAGAAGCUGAUGGCUGGGCAAGAAGACUCCAAUGGCUGCAUCAACUAUGAAGCGUUCGUGAAGCACAUCAUGGCCAGCUGAGCCUACCCCCAGGGAGCCCAGGGAGGCCCUGCUUGGACAGCACGUGAUGUUGGCAUCGGUGGCAGGUGGCCGGGAGCUGCGGGAAGGAGGGAGCCGUGGAGGCCCCGCACCAGCUCUGCAGCACCCCCUCCCCUGCAUGCACCUGGGACUGUCCCCACGCCCUGGGGCCGUGAAUAAAUGCCUUCUU